UCUUGAAGACCUCGGUGUCUUUCUAUCAAAGAAUUCAAAACGAGAUGGCCGAGAAAAUGCAUCAAACGCAAGAGAACGUCGACAGGAUCGAUUUAUCAAUCGCGAAUAAUGAAGAAAGUUAUGAUCCAUUUUUAAAUCGACCAGACGGACCAAAAAUAUCGGACUUAGAUGCUUUCUUUCAUAUAAUGAAAAUAGCCGUGACCAGCGGUGUCCUCUUGCUGCCCAAUUCCUUUCGUAAAACCGGCUACGUGACAUCCAUCAUUUGCGGUCUCCUUACUGGUUUGAUUUAUAUGCACACUUCGAUCGUUCUGGUGCAAUGCGCUCAGGCACUUUGUCGUUAUCAUCGUCUGCCAAAGCUGGAUUUCGCUGAAACCGUCGAGGUCUCAUUUCUUACCGGUCCCAAGAGAACGCGUAGGUAUGGCAAAGCCUUUGGAAUCUUCACGAACGUUGUUACAUGCUUCAUACAUUAUAAAGAAGUCGUGGUAUACAUACUUUACGUAGCCAGUUCCUUUAAACAGGUGAUCGAAUAUAUUACAAAAACCAUAUUGGACAUUAGAAUCUAUGUGAUAAUAUUUUUUCCAAUUUAUUCCUGCCUGAUUCUCAUACCAAAUUUGAAUUAUCUGAUGCCAUUUUCAACGUUGGGUACGAUCAUUUUCAUUAUCGGCAUGGUGAUAUGCAUGAUUUAUUUCAUUGAAGAUUUUCCAAGCCCAAAACGUCUCGAUCCUUUCACGAACAUCCAAUCGAUUACAAUAUUUGUCAAUAUAUUUUUUUACACUUUACACAAUGUCACGAUAUUGUUACCGUUAGAGAAUACGAUGCAUAAACCAAAUAAUCUAACAAGAUUGAUAAUCAUUUCCACGAUAUUCAACACAUUGAUAUAUAUCGUCUUUGCUUUCUUGGGAUAUAACAAGUACAAGGAUACUUGCGACAUUGUGAUCAAGAAUUUGCCUCUCGACGAAGUAUUAUCCGAAUUCGUAAAGAUCGGUAUUGCAGUGAGCAUACUAUUUACAAUCCCUAUAAAUUAUAUCAUACCUGUUACCAUAAUCUGGCCGGUAAUAAUGAACGUUACCGGUGUUGAUGGUCGUUACGAAAUCAUCUUUCGUAUGGCUGGUAUCACGAUUACGAGUAAGUCAAAUAGUAUUUUUAAGAGGAACGAAAAGAACAAAAAGAGUUGUGGUAAACAUACGCAAAAUAAAAUAAUUAAGAAAAAAGAAAUAAACAGAAAAAAGAAGAAAAAGAAAAAAAAAACGUAAAUCAAUCGAUCUAAGAAAUAAAAGAAAUAAAAAAAGAAAAAGAGAGAGAGAGAGAGAGAGAGAGAGAGAGAGAGAGAGAGAGAGAGAGAAGGAAACAAAGAGAUGAAUGCAAUUAUCGAUUUUGCAGCAAUCAUAGCAAUCGUAAUUCCACAAAUACUUCCCCUUACUGGCCUUCUAUCUGCCCUGGGAAUGACGAGUACCAUUUUGCUUAUUCCCAUAUUGGUAGAGAUCAAUACCAAAUGGAAGGAAGCAACAUACAUUUUAUAUAUCAAGAACGGAUUUAUAUUCAUCCUAUUCCUUAUGAUUUUGGUAAUAUAAACACUCAAUUUGAUUCAUAUUGAUUGCAAAUAAGUCGAAAUAAUAACUAUCAAUGACAUAUUACAAUGUAUGCAAUUAUCUACAUAUGUACUUAAAUACGUAUAUAAAUAGAUACGUAUAUAUGUAUACAUUUGUAGCAAUUAAAUAUGUAUGUAUAUGGUGUCUUGGCCCUCUUCUAAUGGCCUUUCAUAGAACAGUGAACUAACAUCAAUGUCAAAGAAGCGUAAAGAGAGAAAAAAAGAAAAAAAAAAAAAGACAACGUCGAUCUUUUUUUUUCUCUUUUUCUUUUUCUCUUUUCCUCUUCCUUUAACAAAAGUUCAUUCCAUUCACGUGCUUUAGACCAUAUUUCAUUCUAUUUUUUUUUUUUUCCUUUUUUUUCUUUUCUACAUUUAAAGAUAUGUCGAAUGAAUAAGAUCAUUGAAAGAAUGAAAUACUUCA